ACAGUGAGUGAAAAAAAAAAAUUUGAGUGUUUUUGUUUGCACUGAAGUUAUAAUUUUUUUUGUUAAAAAUAACAAAACUUAAAGAAAAUCGGAUUCAAAAUGAAUGCUGAAGUGAAAAAUGAUUUUUUGCGAAUAAAACCAAUCUGUGAUGUAGUGAUGGCUGGCCCAACUCAAGAAAGCAUAUCAAACUUCGUUGCUCGUGUGUCUGCUUUGAAGAAAGAAGUUGUCCAGGCGCUCCAGCAGUAUCUUCUAUUCCCGUUUAUUACCCACAUUAAGUCCACAGAGAUGGAAAAGAAAUAUGAACUGCAAAGUAAAUUGGUGGAUGGAAUGAGAACUGUGCUGAAGAAGGUGACAGUAAAUAAUUAUGAAAUGUGUAUAAAUAUUGAAACAGUGCUGCUACAAUUGGUGUUUGACAACUCUAAGCCUGGCAUGAUUGCUGAUGUACCAGAAGAACUUAAAUAUAGUGUGAUGAAGUGCCUCACGGACGUUAUGCUGAAUAUAGACAAGAGCUUUAGGGAGAGACUCUUUAAGACUCAAGUACCACUUGUGGCACAAGCUGUUUUUGUUUCUGUACACAUAGCCAAGUUAGAAAAAAUGAGAGCUUUGAGGCUAGAGGCAAUAAAUUGCGUAAUGGCGCAUACAAUGACACAUCCGAAGCUAAUGGACGAUAAGUACAUGGUGUUGGAGCGGUCGCUGGAGACGUGUACUGUAGACAUGUUGGCGAGCAUCCUGCCCGGGGUGCUCGCCGCGCUACAGGACGUCGCCAACGCCACCGACAACCCGGGCCACGCAUGCCGAGUGGUAUGUACAGGUGUCCCAUGCAUUAAUAAAAUAAUAUUUUAG